GACAACUUCUGUCUCACUUCUGUCUCAUGACACAUUGCAGCUAAUUUGAAUUUCAAAGGUGUCAGUUUUUUUACUCACCCUGUAGACUCGUCCUCUUUCGGUAGGAUUUCUUUCUCUCCGCUGCUCUUCAGGUGCAAUUCGAUAUCCAUGUCAAUAGACGAAGAUGUUGACAUACUCGCCGUUUCGACACGCUUCGUUCGUCGUUGUUUGUUGUUUCACUUUACGUUGACCUUAAAGCUCGGUUUUUCCACUCAUGUUACGGCAGUAUUCGUUUAAAGUAUUUCAUAAUAUGUUGGAAUAUUGCGUGAAUAAUUUUUGAGGAAGUUAGUGUUUACCACAGUGUAGCUGUGAACUGAUUGCCAAAAGACCGAAGACUUGACAACCAGUUGCCCAAAGAUUAAAAAUCUUAACAGAUAAGCUUGAAGGACAAUAACUGCUUAAACAUUCGCACAGACUGUCAACGCAUAACCCAAAAACGUUUUAUCACAAGGUAAUUCGUGAAAGAAAUGUAAAGAUACUCACCACAUGGUCAUAGGCUAUAGGACGGAUAACAGACGAUCACAGAAGAAUACAGACGAGCAACAGACGAAUACAGACGAGUAACAGACGAGUAUCAGACGAGUGACAGUCGGUAACAGGUCUAUUGAGUCUAAAAAUGGAGAUUACAUAUUUGAAGCCAUUUGUGUUCUACGCUUUUUUUCUGCGCCAUUUUCUUACUGGUCUCGAUAUUUUCAUCAUUGUACCGACUGCCUGGUAUUACGUCAAAUCGCUUGGACAAAAUAUAACUUUCUUUGGAAUUGUUAUGUCAGCAUACCAACUGAACUCUCUUUGGUCCAGCCCUAUCAUUGGGAAAUUAGCGGAUAAAUUUGGACAUUAUAAAUGUAUCAUCGUCGUCAGUAUGUUUUUGAGGGUCAUCUCCUAUGUUAUAUAUUCAAUCCCAGUCUCUGCCUAUUUUCCCUUGGCAGGCAGAUUGUUAGCUGGUUUUUCCAGUGGAUGUAUUGGAGUUAUUUUUGGGCAAAUAACAUUGUAUACACCAAAAGAACACCGCGCGCAAAUUUUUAUAAUGUUGGAUGGAAUAUUAACCUUGGGAACUCUUUUUGGUCCGACAGUUGGCGUAUUUUUUACCUUUAAUGCCAAUAUUCUUGGUUGGAAAAUUGAUGCUGGUAAUUCCCCAGGUAUUGUUUGUGGAAUAUUAUGGUUUGGAAUGUUCGUAAUUUCACUUUGGCUUCCUGACGAGUUUGGAACAAUGAAAGUGGCAGAUGAUAACGAUGAUGAUGUUCUUGAAACUCAAGAUUCCAAUGAAGAACAGAGAUAUGGUUCUUAUUCUCAAAUUUUCUUGAUAUUUUACCUUGUAAUUUUAAGCCUCUUUUACUCAAACACGACAACAAUUUAUGUCCCCUUGCUUGCACAAGACCACUUCCAUCUUCAACUCGUUCAUGUGAAAAUGUUAUUCCUCGUGUGUUCUUUAUUUUCAAUGGUUCUUUUCAUCUUGUUCUACAUUGCUGCGAAAUAUUACCAUGAGACCCAAUUGCUAAUUUGUUCUAUGCUAAUCCAGUUAACUGCGUUAACGUUGUUAAGCUUUAUUGCGUUCAGUUGGGACAUCGCGUUCGGUGUUUACGGUGGUUAUAUUCUCUUUCCUUACAUCUGUCUUGGAAUGCCAUUCUUUUCCUUUUCUUUGGGUUGUUCUCUCUUGUCUAAAAUAACACAUCAAAAAGACGCAGCCUUUUACCAAUCUUCGUCAGUUGCCGCACUUCAACUAGGAUAUUUGCUGGGGCGUUUAACCGCAUCCAACAUUUUUGCCAAGACAUCACUUUUGUGGUUUUGUUUAGCGCAGUUUUUAUCCUGGACACUUGGUGCUGUCUGGUUUGCUUUAGAGUAUCCCUCCUUACGAAGAGCAGGGGCAAAUAUAGCUUAACACAGUUUAAUCGCUACACUUCUAGCGCUGCUUUCAACGAUAUGGGACCGGUACUGAGAUAAUAAAAUGGCGAUGACAGAGCUCGUUUGUAAAAUUACCCCGAAUUUGCCGUAAUACGUAAUAUGUUGUAGCUCUCUUCUGUUUUGGAAGUUUUAUGACGAUGCAAUUUGUGGAAAAGACGACUUUUGCGUGACUUAGCGUUAUCUAAUUAUACGUGUUGACUAAUUGAUAUAAUGUGUAUUAAAGUGAAUAAUUAUAUAUAGCUCUUACUGUAUUUUUAUGAGCCAAUUAAACAUGUUAUUAGGUGUUUUAAAUAGGAAAUUAGACCGUGAAAUUCCCCUGAAUCCCUCACUGCCACAGGCAAUGGCAGGGCUUUUGCCUGAUCACAGUUAAUAGAAUAUACAUGGUUUUGAGACUAAAAUAAGAGAACAAUUCAAUUCAUCUCGUCAGGUGUCUAUUGCAUGUA